AUGGUUAUCCACGAUUGCUUUAACUUAGACAUCGUGGAGAAUGAUACCUCUCGAGACGACGAUGUCGACAUGGAUCGCGAUCUCGAACAGGAACUCCCCAAUAAUGACGAUGACAUGGAAGCCGAGUCCGAAGCCGAGCGCAAACGUGCCAUCAGAGAAGGAAAGAAAUCAGUCCGCCCGAACCAGGCAUUUGGGUUGUUUCCUGUUUACAACCCUGAUGAACUACGAAUAAUACAACAAGGGUUCAGUGAGUCCCCGGAGGGCCUGAUGACAACCGAUGAACUAGAGGAAUACUUCAUCCCGGGGCGAAACCGCACGAUCGCUAGGCCCCCUCCUCGUCCUGAGUCACUCCUGGACAGCAUCACAGUAAAACCCAACCCUCCUCCUGGCAAGAAACGUGUAGGACGACCACGCAACGAUGAUAGGACUGCUAAGAAACCCAAGAACCGACGUGGUGGCAGUCGCCCACCGCCAGUCAAUAGCAACGCUCACCAAACGUAUAAUACGUAUUUGCAUCCCGGCCCCCGGGCCUGUCAGCGGUUCGGGCAACAACAUUACGAAAGGCAGGAGGAUGCCCCUACUGAAGUCCGAGCUAACGGUACACCACAUUACCUUUCAAUCAUGGCAAAUCGUGUGACUCUGGACCACGGUCGCAAGGACAUUUUUGACGGUAUCGAUCCAAUUGUGGCUCGCCAAACCCGUGAAUUCUUUGCGCGUACAAGUAUCGAACCACCUAAGAACAACAAGGCCCUGUAUAUUCUGCAUCAUUUUAUGAUGAAGCGCGAAGAGGAAAAUAACCCAUUCUUCAAGGAGUUAAAAACCAAGAAACGCAUAAAGAUACUGAAGAAGGAUCCUCUCACUGAUGAAGAAAAGGCUCAACUCAAAAAGCUGUUGUUUCGACCGGACGUCGAAUGGGAAUAG